CUGUCGGGAGCCCUCGACACACGGCUGCAACGUUGGAUCCGUGGCAGUCGUUUCCACGGUUGGCGGAUGGGGGUACUGCUUGGUUGCUGUAUGUCUUCCUUCGUCCUGUGUUGCAACAUUUCUAUGAUUAUCGUAGCAGCCACCACUGGAGGAGGCUACGAUGCUGGGGGCAUAGCUAGCCUCAAAGUUGGCGAUGAAGUUACUAUCUCACGAUGGAACACGGCAUUGCACGUCUUGAUCAACGCACUCAGUACGAUGCUACUCGCUGGGUCAAACUACACUAUGCAGGUUUUGAGUUCGCCAACAAGGCAGGAUGUUGACGCUAUCCAUGCUCGGGGAGAUUGGCUCGAUGUUGGAAUUCUCAGCCCCCGGAACUUGAGGCUUAUUCCUCGGAAACGUGCAGCACUCUGGUACAUGCUAGGACUGUCGUCAGUUCCUUUACAUCUGUUUUAUAACGCUUCGGUCUUCAAGGUCAUCACGUCAAGUGAAUACAGAAUCUUGGUCAUGGGCGUAACAUCAGACGACUGGAAUCGUGUAAACUCAACUACCGACGUCGGUAAGUGGACUGGGGGCAACAACUGGAACCUCACAAACGGCGGAUGGAUCGACGUAUACAACAGCGAAUAUGUCUCAUUACACGGUGAUCUAUAUCUUGGAAUCGACCGCCUGGCCUUCGACACUACGCAAAACUUUACGAACCAGGAUAUAGAAAGGACAAUGUUAACGUAUAUGUCGCUCGACGUAUCUGGAAAUCAAGCAUACAUACAAAAACUCACUAUGGAGUCGUCAGUAUGGAUAAGAUACGAGGUUCAGCCAAUUAACGGGUUGGAUAGAAUGGACGUUUCAGCUCGUGUAGUGCAAGCAGCUUCGGAGAAGAGGAGCAGUCCCCCCAGCAGAGUGCAAGUCAGCCUUUACUUCUUGCUCGUCGUACUAUUCUGCAAUUUAAGCAAGCUGAGCAUCAUGGCUUAUGUCUUGAUCACUGAUCGCUCGACAUAUCUUGUCACUCUAGGAGAUGCUGCAGCAUCUUUCUUGGAGCGCGCAGAUCCUCAUACCCUUGGUGUUGGCAUCCUAGGGCGGGAAGAGCUGCUUAUCACCUUGGGUCAUCCACCUAGCCAUCCUGUUUCUAACCUGGGUGAGAAGGCAGACUUGGAAUUACGUCUUCAAGGCGUUUGGCUUCCA